GAAGCAGGGAGACAGUCGGAAGAUUGUUCAGUCUCUGCUGAUGCUGCCUCUACCCAAGCCCAUCACCAUUUGUUCCAUCAAGCAUCGAUGUACAAUCUCAAAUAGUAGAGUCAUGAACAAUAAUGGCAUUUUCUACAGCUUCCCAGACUCUCCAGGAAGAUCCAUUCAUGUAAACCAGCAAUGAACUCACUGCCUUUUUUUGUAAAUGCCUUUCCUUUUAAACCCAUCAAUGAAGCAUCCGACGCCGUGUGCUUGCCUUCCCCCCCACAUGUCUCAAUGUAGUGCGAGAGGGGGUUAAAUAAAUAUCAUUUGCAGGCAGCUGCUGUGCAAUCGCACUUGUCUUUUCCUUUUUAAACAAAAGAGAGGGAAGAAAGUGUUUCGAAAUGAAUUUUUGUCCCCUUUCUCGUUUUCUGCUGUUGCUUUGCUCUUUGACUGAAUGGUUGUAUUGCAACGGAGAGCCGUCAGGGAUCAAGGUCCCUCUGAAAAAUGAUAUCGGGAUCCCCAGCAGGUUGCCCAGAGCUGCCGAUGAGACUGGUCGGAGACAAAGUAUAAAUUUUAUGGAUAUGGUUGAUAAUCUGAGAGGGAAAUCUGGACAGGGAUAUUAUGUGGAGAUGACCAUAGGAACACCCCCUCAGAAGCUGAACAUUCUUGUGGACACCGGUAGCAGUAACUUUGCUGUUGGUGCUGCAGCCCAUCCAUUCCUGAAGAGAUACUAUCGCCGUAAUCUCUCCAAUACUUACCGAGACCUGAGGAAGAGUGUCUAUGUGCCGUACACCCAGGGGAAGUGGGAAGGGGAGCUCGGGACAGAUAUCGUCUGUGUUCCACACGGCCCGAACGUCUCAGUCAGAGCAAACAUUGCUGCCAUCACAGAGUCAGACAAAUUCUUCAUCAAUGGCUCCAACUGGGAGGGGAUUCUGGGACUGGCAUAUGCUGAAAUUGCCAGGCCCGACGAAACUCUGGAGCCGUUCUUUGACUCGCUGGUGAAGCAGACUCAGGUGCCCAACAUCUUCUCACUGCAGCUUUGCGGAACAGGCUUCUCUUUGAAUGACUCAGAAUCUGCAUCGUCUGUGGGAGGGAGCAUGAUAAUUGGUGGCAUUGACUCUUCCCUUUACCUGGGCAACAUCUGGUUUACACCAAUCAGGAAGGAGUGGUAUUACGAGGUCAUUAUAGUGAAGAUUGAGAUCAACGGACAGGACCUGAACCUGGACUGUAAGGAGUAUAACUACGACAAGAGCAUCGUGGACAGUGGGACUACGAACCUUCGGCUGCCCAAGAAGGUGUUCCAAGCUGCAGUGAAAUCUAUCAAAGCUGCGUCUUCUACAGAGAAAUUCCCGGAUGGUUUUUGGUUGGGUGAGCAGCUGGUUUGCUGGCAGAUUGGCACCACGCCCUGGCACAUCUUCCCAACAAUAUCACUCUACCUCAUGGGGGAGGCCACUAAUCAAUCUUUCCAAAUCACGAUCCUACCACAACAAUAUCUGCGUCCAGUGGAGGAUGUGGCCACUUCUCAGGAUGACUGCUAUAAGUUUGCCAUCUCCCAGUCUACCACAGGAACCGUGAUGGGCGCCGUCAUCAUGGAGGGGUUUUAUGUUGUCUUUGACCGUGCUCGCAAACGCAUUGGAUUUGCAGUUAGCACUUGUCACGUGCACGAUGAGUUUCGGUCAGCCAUGGUGGAGGGUCCCUUCUUUAGCACAAACAUGGAGGACUGUGGCUACAACAUUCCCCAGACGGAUGAGUCUACACUGAUGACAAUUGCCUACGUGAUGGCAGCCAUCUGCGCUCUCUUCAUGCUGCCUCUGUGCCUCAUGGUCUUUCAGUGGCGCUGUUUCCGUUGCCUUCGACGUGAUCACGAUGACUUUGCAGACGACAUAUCGCUGCUGAAGUGAAUGAAGAGAAACUAUUCAAAAUGGAAGAAUACUCUCCCCCUCCUUUUUAAACUAAGAAGCAGCUAACAGUGAUGGAUAGAACAGCAGGUGUUCAAGAACCGAGAGCGAGAGUGAUGGCUGGUUUGAGGUUCACAACUAUUGUAGUGUAGACAAAGUUACUUCCUCCCCAUCCCCCAGUGUACAGGCCCUUCCAUAUUGUAUUAUCUUUUGGUCAGAUCAUUUCCUUGAACUGUGACGGAAUAUCCACUGGGCAGACUAACAGCCUAGAGAUAGUGAUGUUCGAGAAUUGAGUAACUCAACAAGGUACACAAACUCCUCCCCGUAAGAGAUGUCAACUUACUGAAAGAAGUCCAUCGAGUAUUUCCAAAAGGAAACUGUAAAUAUUAGCCACAGAGAAAUAUUUUUUAUUUGACAGAUUCAUCACCUUGGAUCAUAAUCACCCUAAUUGGUAUCUUCUACUGGACCAAUGGGAAAUAUGUGAGCUGUGGAAAUGGUUGUUCAUGAUGUCUGCUUGAUUUUUAUUGAUCUCUAGCCUGUGCAGCCCAAAAAUGGCCAUUCACUCCUAUAAAUUGAGUGCAAUACAGUUUUACACUACCAGCGCAUCAACACUACCUUACAGAUAUCAUUUAUAAUGUGUAGUGUUUACAUUUAUGUGUAAAUGUCCAGAAAUAUAUGCAUUACAGUGAGUUGCAUUACAUUUAUUGGGCAACAUUGAACUAUAGUGACAUUGCAAUGACUAAACAAUACAUUUUUGUUUUCUUUCCCUCCUGAAGAUCAUGAAUUCGUUUGCAAUUACUUUUUAAUGGGUACUGGCCACACUCAGUACUUGUCUUAAAUGGUAAUUUAUCAAAUGCAACCCAAAUAAUAUACAUCAGUGGGUCCAUGGAUCUCCAUGUAGAUGAUGCAGCCAUUUACACAUGAGGCACUUUUCCACAGAGGGCAUGGAUAAUGAUCAAUAUUGGGAGCUGAGACCAUUGUAGCCAAGUAUACUGUUAUCCACUGCUAUUCAGAAUGAAAUCAGGUCGCUCAGCACACAGACUGGAGACUGAACUUGGGAAUUCCUGGCUUGUAUGUUUGUACGUGUGUCAUUUAUUCAAUAGCUUGAUCAAAAUGCCACUGAGAGGAAUCUCAGCCAAUGUUACAUGACAACUACAACCCAAUUGCCUUAUAGAGCUGUUCCUGAGAUAGCCCCGCUGUGGUCACACUUGUGAAUUUGAUGGUGAUUUAAUAGCAGCACUUCAACUUAGAACCGGACAACCAAAACAAACCUUUGUCUGUACGAGGCUCAAAGGGGCAACGAGCCAAUUCCUGCACUUUGUUCCUUUGUCCCGAUCUCUAAAACUAGUAAUAUUUUCCCUUUUACGUGACUGACAUAUCCUGUCACCAGGCUAUUGGUUAAUCUUUAGUACAUGAAAGUAAAUUUGCCAUAGUCCCAGAGGUCAAUAUGGCUGCUGUCUCACCAGAGAGAGACAUUAAUUCACUAACACCUAACCUGAUUAGGCAACACUCGCCUGUCAGUUUGUCAAAUCCUUUCAUCAUACAUAACCAUAUCAAACAGCUGGUGGGUGACAGAAUUAAAGAGGGCCACACUUUUUGUCCAAGUCUCACCUAUUCAAAACUGUGAUAGAUUCAAAUUUUAAUAGUAUCUCUAUCAUGCUUCUGCAAAGUUGCCCCACUGUUCACAUGGUUUCCCCCAGGUAUUCAUAUCUGGAUAUUUCAGCAUAAAUGUUCAUGAAUGUUAUAUGCAGUUAUUGACAAAAGACAUUCAAAGCAAGCAACUGAGGUAAUUCUUGGGUAAAGCUAGUUGAGACAUUAAGACUGUGAUAUUAUAAUGCCAGGUGGUCUACAAUAAGGUAUUUUGUGAAUCACAACCUGAAGGAAACUAGAUAGUAGUUGUUACUCUUCUGGGGUGUGGUCAAGGGACACAAGGUAGAUGCAGGAAGGAUCCCUGCCCUGUCUGAGGGGUUUACAACUCAGAGACUCGGUCUCAGAAUUUGGGCAAAACAUGUCGAAAUUAGAAAGAGGGAGAAUUUCUUCACCCAUAGGUAGUGGUGCUGAAAUCUUAGGAAUUCCCACCCCCAGAGGGCUGUGGAGAUUCAGCUGUUGAGUAUGUUUCUUACUGAAUUUCAUAGGUUUCAACUUUUGAAAAACAUCUAGCCAAACGCUAGUGGGAAAAAAUGGUGCUGAUGAUCAGCCACAAUCUUAUUGAUUCACAGUAGGAACUCAAAAGGCUGAAUGGUCUAUUCUUCCUCCUAUUUCUUAAUUUAGUCACUUGGUAGGAUAGAACUUGUGUAUUGCUAAAAACAAAAGACAUGGUGUUGAUCCCUCGUCAAGAUAAUUCACAAGAAAUGCCACCUGAAAGGGAAAAGUACAUUUAUAUUGUCUGAAAGGAGAGUGUUGAUUGGUUAGCAAGUGGACUCUGAUUGGUACCAGUGUUGCCACAAAGAAUGCAUCAGUUUGUGAUGAUUGACUAUUAACUGUCAAGGUUUGUUUAAAUUUGAUUCAGGCAAAUUGAGUGCAAUUGGUCAAGGCAUUGCCCUGACAAUUGAACCAGAAAAUGGCUGUCACUUACUUUGUUGAGAUGAAAAAAGAGAAGUUUGUGCACAAGAUUUUUUUUUGGCUGCAAAGACCAGAACUUUCAGUACACAGAGGUAAAUUAAUUUAUAAUUAUCAGUCAAACUCACAAUGUGGGCACUGGAGCAUACUGGAAGCUCUGUAGUGUGCUCACAGAAAGAAUUUGUACAUACACACUGCCUGGUUAAAUUUAACAAAAAAAUUUAACAGCCAUUCUCUUGUUCAUUUCCCAGGGCAAUAUCCUGACCAAUCAGAAUCAAGAGUGUGUUGCUGGGAAAGCACAGCAUGUCAAGCAGCAUCUGAGGAGCAGCAGAAUUGGCGUUUUGGGCAUAAAUCCUUCAUCAGGAAUGUCCGAAACGUCGAUUCUGUCUUUUGAAAUUCUGGUCUUUGCAGACAAAAAAAAAUCUUGUGCACAAACUUCUCCCUUUUCAACUCAACGAAGUAAGUGACAGCCAUUUUCUUGUUCAAUUGUCAGGGCAAUGCCUUGACCAAUCACGGUCAAUCUGCCUGAAUCAAAUUUAAAUAAACCUUGACAGUUAAUAGCCAAUCAUCACAAUCAGGGCUUAUGCCCGAAACAUAAAUUCUCCUGCUCCACAGAUGCUGCCUGGCCCGCUGCGCUUUCCCAGCAACACACUCUCGACACUGAUCUCCAGCAUCUGCAGUCCUCACUGUCUCCCAAUCAGAGUCAACCUGCCUGGUUUAAAAUUUAAACAAAGCCUGAUAGUUAACUGUUGUAAUUGUUGAUAGUCCAUUCUCUGGCAAUACCUGUACCAAUCAGGGUCCACUUGUCAAUUCAUGAAUUAUCCUCUCAUACAAUAUAAGUGUUGUUUUUCCUUUUAGUUGUUAUACUUGGAUGAGUGCAAGAUAGAAAAAAAUUGAUAAAAUAUGUAUUUUUUUCAGCAAUUUGUUAUUUCCUUAUGUUCUUAUGCUACUGGCAUAAACCUGGCUGAGGGCAGCACAGACAGUCUGAGCAGUAUCAUGUUAGGGGGAGGGAAGGAAAUAGUGAAAGGAGAUAAAUCUGACUGAGAGAAAAGCCAGAAUUCGAGAAGUGAAGGACAGUGAGAAAGGGUGGGGAAACUAUGGGGUUGGUAAAGGGAGAAAUUGAUUCAGCUUCCAGCAAGAGUCAGAGAACGUUUGAGGUACAGUCACUUUGGCAGCAAAACAAAGAGACUGUGAGAGGAUGUACCCGGACGCAGCUUUGAUGGAAAGGAAUCAAAGUCACAAUGGGAGAGGGAGACAUAAAGAGAGUAAUUGAAUGGUGACAAAGCAGGGACAGAGGAAGAAAAUAACAGGAUCACAUUAGGAGGGACUGGGUGCUGGACGCAGUAACAUUGCUCCGCGAGACGUUUGGGAAAAGCAAAUCAAUUCCUUUUAGGCAGACAACAUACAACUGUCACUGACAACAUUUCUGGCAGUUAGCCGAAGAAAUUAGCUUUUUUUCUGAGGGGAGGCAAUGGCCUAGUGGUAUUUUUUUUAAGAUUAGAUCCCUUCCAGGAUGGAAACAGGCCCUUCGGCCCAACAAGCCCACACCGAUUCUCUGAAGAGUAACCCACCCAGACCCAUUUCCCUCUGGUUAAUGCACUUAACACUAUGGGCAAUUUAACAUGGCCAAUUCACCUGACCUGCACAUCUUUAGACUGUGGGAGGAAACCGGAGCACCCGGAGGAAACCCACGCAGAUAUGGGGAGAAUGUGCAAACUCCACACAGACAGUCACCCGAGGCUGGAAUCGAACCUGGGACCCUAAUGCUGUGAGGUAGCAGUGCUAACCACUGAACAAUCGUGCCACCCCAAUUAUCAUUGGACUAUUAAUCCAGAAACCCAGGGAGUGUUCUGGGGACCUGGGUUUGAAUCCCCCACAGCUGGUUGUGGACUUUGAAUUCAAUAAAUAUCUCAAACUGAGAGUCUAAUGAUGAUCAUGAGUCGAUUGUUGGGAA